AACUCGUCUCUCGGUAUUCUGUAACAUGCGGCACGCUACCGUGGCUACAGCUUCUCAUUUCAUCGAAGAUCGAGAAACCGAUCGAGUGUAGAACGUGAACACGUUGAAGAGAAAGCAGGAAAGAGAAUUUAGCAAUAACCGCUGAUUAUCUAAUUUUAUCGAGAGGCAAGUUUGGAGAGAAGUAUCGAAAUUGUCAGAAUGAACGAUCGUAUUGUGGAAGGAACGAAGAGGGUUUUAUGCGAGUGAAAUGUGGAAUGGUGAUUCUCGAUGACAGUCGGAGAAGCUAGAAUCGAGCCGAGUAAACGUGCUGUGUGGUGCAAAACGAUCAGAGUAUACGAAAAAUGACGAAGAAUUAUUCUCAUACGUGCUUCGAAGUUUGUUAAGGGAAGAAAAUUAAAGGAAAAAAAGACAGAAAAAGGCGACGGAAGAUGCUAAGGUAAAGUGUGAAGCAGAAGAAGAACGCCACAGCCAAGAUGGAUCGCGCUGUCCUGUUCUCUCUAUUGAUAUCUUUGACGUGUUUUUCGAGCGGCUGCAUUGGACACCUAAUCGACGGGAUUUUCACGGAACCGACCUUGGAACGGGGUUACAAUCUGGUGGCCACAGUUCCACGAGGUGCCCUGGCUCUGAACGUGACACAAUUACGUCACACGGAGAAUUAUUUGGCGAUCAAGUUGCAAGACGGUUCUUACAUAUUCAAUGGAAAUUAUACAAUUAACUUGUCGGGUAAGUACCAAGCAGCUGGUACGACUUUUGUGUACUUUCGGCAAGGCUCGCAGAACUUGGAAAGCUUCUCUGCUGUUGGACCGUUGCAAGAAUCGAUCGAUGUUAUGGUUUUGUACCAAGAACCGAAUCCUGGAAUUGUUUAUCGAUACAUCAUUCCUGGGAGCGUGAGCGUUUCUCCGAACACGCACCUUGGACAUAAACCAGUUUCUAACAAACCUGGUGAACCCACUUUGUCGACUAUUCCCCACAGAAAAAUAGAAUCUGGUCCUAGCACCAACGAUGCAACGCAACCGUACCUUCCAAGACGCUACAAGAAAAGGAAAUUCUUUUGGAAGGCAAGUGGUUACACAGAGUGUAGCAGAUCAUGUGGCGGAGGUUUUCAGAUGCUGCGAUACGCGUGUAUCAGAGAGCACACGCAAACACAAGUGCCUGAUAAGAGGUGUCACACAUUGGAAAAACCGCGAGAAUCUCAAGUACGGUGCAACACUACACCUUGUCCACCAAAAUGGAGAGCAGGUUCAUGGAGCGAUUGUUCAGUUACUUGCGGUAGCGGUACACGCGUCAGAGAGUUAGAAUGCGUGCAAGAAAUAACGCCAUCGCUGGUAAUGAGAAUAUCUGAUGGCGCCUGCAUGGAACCAAAAAUUCUUCCCACUAACGAGGUUUGCGAAAUGCCAGCGUGUGAAUUCGAGGCGACAAUAAUUUCAACGACAUUACCGCCUCCACAAUGGAGCGUGGGCAUAUGGUCUACGUGCUCCACGACUUGUGGUCCAGGUAGAAGAACAAGAUCAGCGAACUGCGUUACACAAGGACCACCUUGCGACCACGAAGAAAAGCCCACUACUCAAGAAGCUUGUGAUUUAGGUUCGUGUUUCACCAAACAGUCGCAGAUAAACGCGAUUUCAACGAGAUCACAGGGUCCAGAAUGGCUGUACACAGAAUGGUCCGACGGGUGUUCAGCCGAAUGUGGAGUUGGCAUGCAAACGAGAAAAGUCUCGUGCGACAAGGGGCCGGAAGAAGAAUUUUGCGAUCAGACAACUCGACCUGAAACAUCGAGAACCUGUUCCAGCAACAGAACCUGUAGUGGACAAUGGUUCACAGGACCUUGGACCGAGUGCUCCACAGAGUGCGAUUCAGGAGAGCAAGUUAGAGAAGUUGUGUGCGUAACGACACUUCGUGGCUCCCUUCGCGUAGUUUUGGACAUGAAUUGCCCCGCGAACAAACCGGAAAUGAGGAGAUCUUGCAGCGGUCCACCUUGUGCAUCCAAGUGGUUCAUAUCAGAUUGGACAGAAUGUUCUCGAUCAUGCGGAAAGGGCGUUCAAAAAAGAGAAGUGAGGUGUUUGAACAGAGAGGGACAGAUACCUGAGCAUCACGAGCUCCAUUGCAAGGACAAGGAUCGUCCGAUAUCCCGACGAAAUUGCAACGAUUAUCCUUGCAAAGAGGAUGUGCACAGAACUGAAACUCAUCAUUCGGUACUGCAAGUUCAAAACGAUCCAGAAAUCUCAAAUGUCCUCGAGGAGAAUCCACUUUGCAAAGACAGAAUAGCACACUGCAACUUGGUGGCGCAAGCUCGAAUCUGCAAUACUCUAUUUUACCAACAGCAAUGCUGCCAAUCGUGUUCCAAAGCGAAGCAAUAUCUCGAAUGAUUUUCUCUGUCAUGACCGACCAAGCUUAUAAGCUAAUGUAAAUGUAAACAAUUCGACGAACGGUUAGAACUGGCGACUGAAUCGUCGAAGGUAAACAAAAAGUAUAAUACGUGUCGCUGUAGAUUUACUUACCCCAGAGC